AGGCUGCGCUUGUCUCCGCACCUGCUGCCGCACCUCUGGGCAGCGGCGACAGCGCAGCCACAGCUGCCACCGCCCUCCUGAGCCCCCGCACGGCCGGCACCAGCAGCGACCUCUCUUCGUGUCCCUUUCAGGGUGCCAUCAGCGCGGCUGCAAAGCUGUUCCCGAGGCCGAGCUCCCAAAAGAACUGUCAGCAUUCCUGAUGUCUCGAGAGCAAGGUGCUGCUUCUUCCAGCCAGAGAGAUGACACCUCUGAGCAGAAGAAGAGAGAGUUCUGCUCCAUGAGAGGAGUUGAGAAUGAGCAUCUCCAGGAGGAACCAGCAGCCGCACUUCCACACUUGCCUGGGGCCCAAGAAGCCUCUUGGCAUAAGCAGGGGGAUGCCACUUGUGAGCGUGCAGUGAGUGCAGAUGUGGAGAAUGGAUUCUGCACCAGGGACGGGAGUGUGAGGGAGCCCCUGGCUCCCCAGGGCACAGCAGCAAUGGGCAAUGAACAGAGAGGGAACCUCAGAAGAUUCCUGGGUGAACGGUUCAGGUGCCAUCCCGUGGGCACGGCGGUGCUGAUUCUGCUGCUCCUGGUGCUCCUGGCGCUGGCUUUGGGGGCAGCCUUGGCUGUGCUGGCAGGUAAGGGAGGGGCAGCAGCCUGGGCCCAGCCCCUCGGGGCAGAGCGGGCUCCCUGCUCCCUGCACAGGGGAAUCCUCAGAGCUUCUCCUCUUCCCCCUGCAGCACCACAGGUUCCAGUCACACCUGCGACACCGCAGUUGGUUCUGGGCUGUCCCCGUGGCUGGGUGGGCUACAAUGGGGUCUGCUACUACUUCUCACGGGAUUACAGCACGUGGGAGCAGGGUCAGGAACGGUGCUCCGAGCUCAAUGCCUCCCUGGCCAUUGCCCAGGAUGAGGAGGCCAUGGUGAGUGAGGGGCUGCGGGCGCUGUGGGGUGGCUGAGGGCAGCC